AAAUAAAAUUCUUUUAAAAAUGUAUUCUUAAAAUGAUUAAUUGAAUGUGACUGGAAAAGCUGCUAUUCUGAUGAGUUUUGGCAUUUUUUAUUUUUUUUUUCAACCAAAUCAUUUGAAUUAAUGCACAUUCAUAUAAAAAUUUAUAUCUGAUGAAAAUAAUGGUUUAAGGAAGAAGAAAAUGAGUGCAAAUAAGUUGAAAAGCAUUCCUUCCCUCUCGAAGAUUCCUACUUCUGGUCGUGAUAGUGGAACACAUUCAAGAUCAUCAUCCAUUUCCAAUUUAACAACAGCAUCUGACACCCAUUCUGAAGCUGGAGAUGGGUUAACCGAUGGAGCUCAUGAUUUUAAAAUUGAUGACAAAGUUUGGGUGAAUGGCACCAAGCCUGGUUGCCUCAAGUUUCUUGGGAAGACACAAUUUGCACCUGGCCUUUGGGCUGGUGUCCUUUUGGAUGACGCUGAAGGAAAAAAUGACGGGUCGGUUGCUGGAGUGAAAUACUUUUCUUGUGAACCUAUGAGAGGUAUUUUCACCAGACCCCAAAAACUUUCAAAGACACCUGGAAUGAUUCCCGGCACUGGCGACUCCACCAGCAUCAGUCCUCGUUUAUAUAACAGUAAAGCCAUUUCCUCCAGUAGAGCAUCAAUUUCUUCUAUCAGUUCUGUAACUAGUCCAAGAGCAGCCUGUUCUAAGCUGAGAAUAAAUGAGAGAGUUGUCGCUAGCUCCACCACUGGUAAUAAAAGUGGAGUUCUUAGAUUUGUCGGUGAAACAGACUUUGCCAAAGGGGAAUGGGCAGGUAUUGAAUUGGAUGAACCUGUUGGUAAGAACGAUGGAUCUGUUGCUGGUAAAAGGUAUUUCAACUGUAAAAUGAAGCAUGGCCUGUUUGCUCCUCUGCACAAGGUGUCUCGAGCUGGUGGAACAUCUGUAUCAAGGCCUGGAUCAGUUCGAGGCACUCCUCUCACGAGAUCGAACAGUAAAGAUUCGCUAAACAGUUCAAUCAGCAGUUGCUCCAGAUCCAGUCGAGUUAAACUGGGUGUCACAUCCCUUACAAGUACUACACAGAAAAAACGUGCUUCUGGUGGAACAGGAAUAAUGACCACUAGUCGUGCUCUUGAAGAAAUGUUGAAAGAAAAAGAGCAAUAUAUAGCCCAACUUUUGAGUGAAAAGCAGCUUGAAAGAGCUGAGGUUGUUAGAAUAGGAAGCCAAUAUGAACAGGUUGAAACAGUAUGUACAGAAUUGAAAAAACAACAGCAAAAGAUUGAGGAAGAAAAGAAAUUGUUAGAAGAGCAAUUAACAAUUAAUAAAAGAAAAGUGGAAGAUCUUCAAUUUCAGCUGGAGGAAGAAAAAAUUACCAAAAGUGAUCUAGAGGGUCAACUUCAACAAAACUCAAAAACUUUGAAGAAAAUUGAAGAAUUUUUAAAUAAAAAUGGGAAAAUUACCAUUCUCACUGAAGAACUAAAAUUGAAAUCUAGUCAACUUGAAGAAAAAGACUCAUGUAUGAGAGAGAAAGGCAAUGACAUCUCCAAACUUAAAGAGAACUUGGAAACUCAAUCUUCAUUUAUCACUCAGCUUGAAGCUAGUAAGAAUGAAUUAAAUAGCUCCAUAGAGCAGAAAGAUAUCACCAUCUCUAAAACGAUUGAGGAGCUUAAGCUUGCUCAAGAUGAGAUAAUGUCACUAAAGAAAAGGAUAGAUUCAGAAAUUACAGAAAAAGAGCAGAAAAUUUUAGGUUUAAUUCAAGAAAUAGAGAAGUUAACUAAUGUCUUACAAGAGAAAGAUGACAUUCUUGGUAGGAAGGAAAAAGAAGUUGUUGAUCUACAAGCUAACAUUACUGAAAUGAAGAACAGCAUUGAUAUAACGAAUGCCAAGAUGCUCCAAGCAGAAGAAAAAUUGCUGUUGGCCAGCCAAGGCAGCUCUGAACAAAUAGAUCAACUUCAGGAAGCAAUUACAAAGCUGAAAGAGGAGAAGAUAAGUUUAGUGACUGAAUAUGAAAAGAAAUGUCAAGAAAUGGAAAACCAGUUAAAAUUACAAAAUGAUGUCCUCCAAACUGAGAAAAAUCAAGCAACUGAUUUGAAAUCUCAAAAAUCUGCCUUGGAAAGCAGCCUUGAUGAAAAAACUCUUGAGUGUGAAGAAUUAAAAACUAAAAUUGAGGCUUCUAAAAAUGUGAAUGUGACUAUUCAGGCAGAACUGAAUCAGCUUUCUAACUUAGUUGAAGAAAAAGACAAAAACUUCAAAGAAAUUGAAAACAAACUCAAAAUUGAAGUUGAAAAAUUGCAACAAAAGGAGAUGUUGUCUUCUGAGCUAGAAUCUGAAAUCAUCAUGUUAAAAGAAAAGAUUUGUAACUUGACGUCUGAUUGUGAAGAGCUAAGGAAUGAAAUAGAUACCUCAAAAGCAGCUCAUUCAAAUGUAAUGAAGGAAAAGGAGGAAAUGUCUUGCACUUUACAAGAAAAAGAAAAAUUGGUUUCCGAUUUGCAACUUCAUAUUGAAAACAGUAAAGAAGCCUUACAAAAAGCUGUGCAAGAUCUGUCUGACAAGGACCAGGAAAUGAAUUCAAUCCAGGUGUCUCUAAAAGGCAAAGAUGAAGAAUGUAAGCAGCUUCUUUCAAAGCUACAGUUGGCAGAGCAGAAGGUGGAAAUGCUGAACAAGGAUAGUGGAGAACAUGUAAUGGCUCUUCAAAAUGAGCUGUCUAAAAGUAAAGAAGAAAGUUUGGCUUGUAAAAUGAAGUUAGAACAGAGCUUGAAAGAACUUGAAAACAAACUGAAAGUUGAAGUUGAAAAAUUGCAACAAAAGGAGAAGUUUUCUUCUGAGCAAGAAUCUGAAAUAACUAAGUUAAAAGAAAAGAUUGGUAAUUUGACAUCUAAUUGUGAGGAGCUGAAGAAAGAAAUAGACACCUCCAAAGCAGUUUAUUCAACUUUGAAAAAGGAAAAUGAAGAAAUGUGUAGUAUUCUAGGGGAAAAAGAUCAACUGAUUUCUAAUUUGCAACAAGAUGUUGAAAAUAUUAAAGAAAGUUUUGAAAAAGCUACUCAAGACUUGUCUAGCAAAGAGCAAGAACUAAAUACCAUCCAGGAUUUGCUGAGAACCAAAGAAGAAGAAGGUAAACAGCUUCUUUCAAAGCUGCAGUUGGAAGAACAAAAAGUUGAAAUGCUGAACAAAGAUUGUGGUGACCAUGUUACGUCGCUUCAGAAUGAGCUGUCAAAGCGUGAAGAAGAAAGUUUGGCUUGCAAAAUAAAGUUGGAGCAGCUGAUUGAAGAAUUACGUAACGACCUCUCUAAAACCAAAGAAUCAGAAAGAUUGUUCAUUGAAGACUUGAGCAAGAAGAAUAACGAUAUUGAGAAGUUGAAAGGCAUGGUGAUGGAAAAGGAAUCUCAGUUUGAUGAGCUUACAAGUGUUAUCCAAGCAUCUCAGGAGCAGCUAGUAAAGCUGAAAGAAAAUAAUGAAAAUAAUGUUUCACUUCUGAAAAGUAAAGAGGGCUUCAUCAAUGACUUUAAAGCUGAACAAGAAAAAAAAUUACUAGAAAUAGAAACAUCAUUUAAAAAUGACAUUUCAAAAUUAAAAGCUGAAGUAUCUGCUAAAGAAGAAGAUUUAAAAGAGAAAGAGGAAAGUAUUCUGAAGACUGCAUCUGAAUUGGAGGCACAAGCACAAACAAUUGAUAGCUUAAAUUCUGAAAUAGAAAGCUUAAAGACAGAGAGAGAAGCAAGUGCUAAGGAGUUCAGUAAUAUUCUUGAUCAAUUUAAAAACAAAACAAAUGAAUUAGAACAGAAAUACUUGAAACUUGUUGCUGAAAAAGAAGAACUUUCUAAAGAAGAACUGAAAAGUCGUGAUGCCAAAAAAGAUUUGGAGCUGGUGAGAGAUUCUUUAAUGGAAGAAAAUGCAAAGAGGGAGGAAAUGGUUAAAGAUAGAGAAAUGAAACUGGAGGCUUUGCAAGCUGUAGUGAAUCGAAUGCAAGAAGAAAUCAUGCUGCACAAACAAGAACUUCAGCGAAAGUUGGAUGUUUCUGAAAUGGAACUUCAGGCAACUAAGGAACUAAAAAUGCAACUAGAAUUGCAGCAUAGUGUCAAUGAAGAAUUACAACAAGAAUUGCAGAAUGCAGAAGAGAUGAAGAAAACUUUAGAAAAUACGAUAGCUAGUUUGUCAGUAUCUCAGUCUGAGCGUAGUCAGCAAAUACAGCAAGAAAUUGAGAACUAUAAGAAAUCUAUCAAAGAAAAGACUGACAGAAUUAAUACAAUGGAAGAAAAUAUGCAAACUUUGGAAGCAAACUUCAGUAACCUCAACAACUCACUUUCAUUGAAGGAAAAAGAAUUACAAUCUUUAAAUGAACAGUUAGUUAUUGCACAAAAAGGUGAUGAAGCUGUGAAGAAUUUGAAAUUAUCAUUGAUAUCUUUAGAAGAAGAAAAUGUAGCAUUGAGGAAAAGAAUUUCAUCUUUAGAGUCCAAUUCAUCUGAAAAGAAUACCAUUGCUCAAAAUGCAGAAAGCAAUUCUAACCAAUCUGAUGAUCAAGAAAAGGAAUCUUUGUUAAGUCAAAUUGAUUUCUUGAACUCCAUAAUUGUUGACAUGAAUAAGAAAAAUGAAGAUCUGAGACACCAGUUAGAAUUACAAAACACGUGCUGGGAUGAAAGUGAUAUCAACCUCAAUGUUGAAAAGAAAAUAGCUCCUCGGGUUUUCUGUGAUAUUUGUGAUAGGUUCGAUCUUCAUGACACAGAUGACUGUCCCAAGCAAGAAUCCUUCUUAGAAGAUAAUCCUAGUCCCAAACCACACGAAAGCAAAAAAAUGGAAGAACGACCCUACUGCAAUAACUGUGAAAUGUUUGGCCACUGGACUUAUGAUUGUCAAGAACCUGAAACAUACUGAUUGCUCAGAGUUAUUGUAUUAACAUUGUGUAUAGAUAGGCAAAAUAGCUUUAAAUUUAUUGCAAUAUUUAAAACUUUUACAUUAUUAGGAGACACCACAGCACAACUACAGUAAAUUAUUUAACUCAUGUUGGUUGUUUCGGGAAGUUUUAAUAUGCAGAGCUUCUUCCUGUACAUUGUUUUCAUGUUGCAGAAAUUCUAUCCAAAUUUGAUGAUUGUUGUAAAUCAUAGGCUGCUAUAUUUAUUCUAUUUUUAAAUGUACUAUAUAAAACUGUACAAAUUUAUAUAUUAAAUUAUUUUAUCCAUUA